ACUACUGGUACCUUUACGGCAGUGUGUGGUCACACGUGUUAUUAUCGCAUGGAAGUCAGCGGCAGCGAGAAAAGCAGGCUGUCGAUUAAAUUUAGGAUUUGAAGAAACAUGUCGUACAGAGGAGGAGGCGGACGAGGCGGUGGAAGAGGUGGAGGUUUUAACCGAGGUGGAGGAGGCAGAGGAGGGUUUGGAGGAGGCAGAGGUGGAGGAUUUGGACGGGGAGGUGGAAGAGGUGGUUUUAACAGACAGCAAGACUAUGGUCCUCCGGAAUAUGUUGUCGCACUUGGAGAAUUCAUGCAUCCAUGUGAAGAUGACAUCGUGUGCAAAUGUACGACAGAAGAAAACAAGGUUCCUUACUUUAAUGCACCAGUUUACUUGGAAAACAAAGAGCAGAUUGGAAAAGUGGAUGAGAUAUUCGGCCAGCUCCGAGACUUUUAUUUUUCAGUCAAACUUUCUGAAAAUAUGAAGGCAUCUUCGUUUAAGAAGUUACAGAAGUUUUAUAUAGAUCCAAUGAAGCUCCUCCCUUUGCAACGAUUCCUCCCAAGGCCACCAGGCGAAAAGGGGCCGCCGAGAGGAGGCCGAGGUGGAGGAAGAGGUGGUGGACGUGGGGGAGGUUUCCGAGGUGGCAGGGGAGGAGGAUUUGGAGGUGGACGUGGUGGAGGUGGGAGAGGUGGAGGAUUUGGAGGUGGACGAGGGGGAGGCUUCAGAGGAGGAAGAGGAGGAGGUGGACGUGGAUUUAGAGGUGGGAAGUGAUCUGACUGAGGGUCUGACAAGAUCGUCACAUCUUUGCUUCCAGCUAAAAGGCUGCGCUCUACAUCAGACCGUGGCUUGUUGGACUUGUAUGGACAUUGCCUUCAUUUGUAGAACUUGAAAGGAGUUUUCACUUUGUGUUUUAUGUUUUUUUUCUUUUUACCAGUUUCAAAUGAGUGAUGGAUCUUCAUAGUUUUUAUUUAAAAGGUUCAUAAGUAUGCUUGUGUGUAACAUGACAGGGACCUUUUCAGCUUUUUAUGGAGGGUAUUUAUUUGAAACCCUUUGUAAGAACCUAUGUCAUCAUUCUGUGCUGAUUGUGUUAAAAUGUUUAAGAUUCAAGGAAACAUGUUCACAAACCUCCAUGUACUAAUUUCCUUUAUAGAGGAAAACGUGUGCGAAUCAGACUAUUCAGUGUUGGUUGAAAAUAUUUUCAUACUCAAUUUGUAAUAUCUGAAGAUAAAUAUUGUAGCUUUUUUUGUUAAAGGCCACAAUUAAAAGAUGCUUUGUAACUUUA